GUUGACUGCUCCUUGCUGAGGUGUGAAAAUCGCAAAGCAUCCUUGGAAAUGGAGUUUGCAAUGGACUCCCAUCGUCUAAGCAGUAUUUUUGUCGCUAUUCCUUUGUCUCGGGGAAAACAAAGGAAUAAAGCACCUCGUGGUCAGGCCUCACAGGUUACAUGUAGGCCUUCUUUGUGUGACCUCAUGGUUUGAGGCCCAACAGCCCUUUAAUGUGGAAUUAGGCUGCAAAUAAGAAAACUGGGGAGGCUGGAUGCUGCAACUCAUCCCUCUCAUGCAGCUGUUUUAAUUGUGGACCACUGCAGAAAUGUAGUAUGUUCACAACAUCUUUAAUUUAUCUGGGCCAAAGUUGAAAUGACAGUGUUGAGCCACUGUAGUAAGCUCACUAUUUUACUCUCUCAUUAGUGUAAAUCUUACAGCUGCACUAGUAAAAUCUAGUAACACUUUAUUUUAUGUCCUGUAAUGUGCUAAUAAUUUCCUUGAAAGUUUCCAUGAAAAGUCCUGUAAUUUGAUACUAAUUAUAGGGAAAAUAGAGACAAUGUUAUGAGACAGCUACCUGAGUUUAGUUAGUUGUUUUGAGUUUAUAAGUUUUCAUUUUCAGAGGCAAUUACUGGAAAAUCCAAGUAAGUAUUCAUUUAUUAUUGGAAACGUUUUUUUUCCAUAUUUGUUUGACAAAUGUGACAUUCAUGCAUGUUCAUUUAACCUGCUGCACACUGACUAAAAACUCUAUAUUACAUUGUGCUUCCUAAGAAUUUACAAAUGAAAUAGUCUGCCUCAUAAUCUGUCAUGUCACAUGUAUAUGGGUGGUUGACGUGACGCUCCAUUUUUGUGUUCUUGGUGACAAAUGUAAAUAAUAAUAUAUAAUAUUUCAUUAAAAUCUCUGUUUUUUAUACAGUAUAAUCGUCCAGAACUAAUACAUCUGUAAUUAAUGAGCAUUACAAUUCAAAUAUGUAAAUAUUUUGUUUUAAACAUGACAUUUGUCCACUGGCGUGACUGUCCGGAGUAGCAUUGCUCAUCUCAAAACUACUGUAUUUAAAUUAAUAAUAAGUCAAAAUACAUUAAAAUACUUGAAUAUAUAUUAUAGUAGUGUUAACUUACAGAAACUAAGGUUAUAAGUCUUAAGGUCACCAUUUAGAAUAAUUAUGAAACGUUACAUUUUGUCCGCAAAACUGGUGUCCACCUGGUGUGAAGCCACUCUGUAGAUAUAAAACAGGCAUUAAUUUGGGUACCCUAUUACUGAGAGGGGUCCUUCUUCAUCCAGGAAGUACAGUAGACAUCACUGGAGCAGAUGCACUGCACACAAGGUGAGUUCUGUCUCAAAUCUUUUCAUAAUUUUGCUAUUUCUGUGCAUUGUUAGAAAUGGGAUCCAUUGUGCAGUCCUUUUGUGUGACGUAAUUUAAGCACUGAUCUGAAAAUUUUCAUCAAUUUAUAUUGAUUGACUAUUGAAAAUAAUGUAAACCUUUGGUGUGACAGCACUGUCCUAUAGUGUGACAUGAACUGAACGUCACACUGGUGGACAUGGCUGUCACACCAGUGGAUGUAGGUUCUAUGAAGGAGUACAAACCCAUCACUCUCUCUCUCCUAACCACUCAAUAGUCACUCAAUACAGGAACAAGGCUAACUGUUACCUUUUAAGCAGUGUACCCUACACAUGGGGGCUAAAGCGAAUAAUGUGGAACUAUUCAGAGAGAGCUCAUGGGAAAGGUGCUCCUGAUGGAGUUGGGGGAGCAGUGAAACGAAUGGCAGACAACCACAUCCAUGGGGGGCAAGACCUUAAAAGCCCAAAGGAUGUCUAUGAGUUCCUAGUCCAAAAAGAGGUCACAAACAUAAGAUUCAAGUGGAUCGAUGAGGCAGAUAUCCAGGUGUUUGACGAGAUGUUGCCACCGUCUGUCCCAAAAGUACCCGGCAUAUUAAACACGCACCAAAUACUUUCCUUCUCUGUCGGAGAGAUCUUCUAUAGGGCACUCAGCUGUUUCUGCCGGUUCCCAGAGAUGUGCCACUGCUUCUCUCCAAGCAAGAUGAGGCCAGACAAAUCAAAAGAUUUGGAGGAACCACUCACCUCUGAAGUCCAAGCGACCCAGCCUGAGAAUCCCAAUAGUGGAGAGGAAGCUGAGGAAGAGCUUGACGACAAGUACACUGUAGGGAAAUUCGUCAUUGUCUGCUAUGACCAGAAGCCAUUUGUGGGCCAGAUCACACAACUAAAUGCUGAGCAUAUUGAGGUCAAUUGCAUGGUGCAAAUUUGUGGGAAAAACAUCUUCAAAUGGCCUGCUAAGCGAGACUGCAUUAUGUACAGCAAGGACGAACUUGUCAGUGUCAUCUCUGAGCCAGAGCCCCACCAGCGUGGAGCCCAACUCACCAAAUAUGACUGGCUGCUGUUCAAUGAGGUGUGAAAGGAGGAGGAUGAGUCCUUAAACACUACAGCUUUUUUUUUAUUUUGUUUGUAUUUCAAGCUGUACUCUUGUGCUGGGUUGUUUAAUGAAUUUUACCCAAACAGUAGUUUUUAGGUCAGUUCCAGUGGUUAUGAAUUGUGACAAGUAUGGCUAUUUGAAAAAUGAUUUUACUUGAGCACUAAAAAUGGGACUGAAUUUAAUACAGAGAACUCUAAUUUUAAUUCUUUAUCCUGUCUAGUUUUGACUUGAACAAAAAUGUAAUGAAUUUUAAGAUAAAUUUGAAAAAGAAAAGUAAUAAUAAGCCAGGACAAUUUUGUUUACAUGUUCAUGUUGUGUUGCUAAAUGUUACUAGUCUGGCUAUCUUAAUUGUACAAAAAACAUUUGAACUUCAGGUUAUAACUUUAUUUUAAUGAAUUGUUAAUGAUUUUGAAGGUAAUGAAUUUUAAAAUAAAUUUGAACAGGAAAAAAUAAAUGUGACUUUGUAACAAAACAUGGGCAUAAGGUAUUUAUUGUCCAAUGGUGUGACGGAAUGUCCUGUGGCAUUUUAAUGCACAAAUUCAUGUAAAAAGUGUUGAAUAGCAUAAUAAUGAUAUCAUCACUAUGCACAUAUAAGGAUGAAUUGAAGCUUCAUUAGGUUUUAUACUAAUUAUAAUGAAUAUAACCCAACCGUUUGGGUGAAGUCCCUAUGUGGACAUCUUAUAGUAGGGUAAUGACAUGAUUGCGAAUUUUUAUUGGUUACUUUUGAUGUGGAAAUAUAAUUAGAACAAAUUGAUAAGGAUUAUGCAUAUUUGUCUUAUCUGGCAAACAAUCUCUGAAUUAAAUAUUAAUAUUAAAAAUGUUGUCCCACCGGUGGACAAUUUUUAGGAGUACCACACAAAAAAGUGAAAAAAAUCUAAAAUAAAUGAGGAAUUGGUAAUGAACACAAUCAAUUUUGAGUUACUUACAUAUAAAGCAAUACAAUUAUGUGUCAUUUGACAUAAAUUUUAAAAAUAUAUUUUUUUCCACUUUGGAUUUGAGUUCACGUCAACCACCCAUAUGUAACCAAUAUGAACGUGAUUUUGUGUCGUUUUGUCUCUCAUUCUGUGAAUAAGACAUCAAGUCUGUAGCUCUGUGAGACUCCAUUACUUACCAGAAAACGAGUUUAUUCAUUGAAUCACGGAUGGUUCUGGAGUGGGUCCAGUUUUAAGGGGCUAUAAUACCCCUGUGACAAAAAGCAAGGACGUCCUAAUGUGUGAAGGCGUUUUCUCCUGAAGCCAGGGCUUCCCCGUUUUUCAAACUAGCUAUCAUUGUCAUUUUAAUAAAAAGAUCAAAUUCAUUUCUUGACCAUUUAACAGCCACUGUUCACAUCAUAUUAUCAGCCUCGGUUUACUAGUUGUUUUUUGAGCAGCUGUAUAACUUUAGCGCCGACUUGUCUGAAAACGAGAAAUCUGUCAAACGGUGCCGCCGGUGCCUAGCAACGGUUGCUAUGACAGAGUCGCGGGUUUUGAAAAUAGUCAGUUACUUUAUUCUGUGACGUAAUCAUGACGAGUGAUCAACGUGUAGCCUAGUUACACUUUGAUUUGUGACGUGUAGUCAUAGAUAUGUGACGUGGUCAUGAGCAGUGAUCAACGUGUAGUCUCUCUUUGAUCUCUGUAGUCUCACUUUGAUCUCUGUAGUCACACUUUGAUCUCUGUAGUCACACUUUGAUCUCUGUAGUCUCUCUUUGAUCUCUGUAGUCACACUUUGAUCUCUGUAGUCACACUUUUAUCUGUAUCGUCACCCUUUGAUUUGUGCUUUGAUUCUUUGAUCUAGUCACAGAUAAAAGCUAUGAAAGUGGAAACAUUUAUGUAUAUAGGGCACCAGAAUAUUCAAG